AUGGAGUUCCCCGUGGAUCUGCUGGCUGAUGUCAGCCACGCAGAGCUGGAACGGUCGGCCCAAAACUACAUGAACAACCUCCUCUACAGCAACCCUGAUACAGCGCAACACCUCACCCUGUCUGACAAUACACAGGUCAACAUAAACAUUUCCAGCGUUGGUUUAGUUCCUCUCUAUGGAACCAGUGACAAUAAGAAGAUCCUGGCCCUCUUCUCUCCCCCUGACCCUCUGACCGCUGUGGCUCUGUUCCUGCUGGACCGCUGGUGGACGGUGGAUGACCUGCUCAAGACAGCAGACACUGCUCGAGAUGGAGCUGUGGAGGUACGAUCUGAUGAACUAUUUAUAUAA